AUGUCUAGCAGAAGGCAGCGGUCGAGGCAGUCGGGAGCUUCUCGUAUAACCGACGAUCAGAUCGCCGAUCUCGUCUCCAAAUUACAACAACUCAUCCCUGAAAUCCGCAGCCGCCGUUCCCAAAAGGCAUCGGCGUCGAAGGUGUUGCAGGAGACGUGCAAAUACAUCAGGAAUCUGCACCAAGAGGUGGAUGAUCUCAGCCAUCGAUUGUCGGGGCUUCUUCAAUCCACGGACGCUGACAGCGCUCAAGCCGCCAUUAUUAGGAGCUUGCUAAUGUGA